ACCAAAAUUAGGUCACUGGGAUAGUGACUUCUACGCUGUCUACACUGACUUUUAGACUUAUUUUAUGUUUGCAUGAUUAGAUAUUCUGUUUUACAUUUUACAAAAAUGUUGGUAGCUGAUGCAGCUGAGAGGAAUAAGCAACCCAUUCUAGAUGUCUUGAAGAGUUAUCUCCCUGCUGCUACUUCUACUAAAGUUCUGGAAAUAGCCUCAGGGACUGGUCAACAUGUGUCACACUUUGCAGAGCAUCUACCUGACAUUACUUGGCAGCCUAGUGAUAUCACUCAUGCAUAUCUACAGAGUAUCUCUGCCCACAUACAACAUAAGAAGUUAACAAAUGUUCUGCCACCAAUUAAAGUUGACAUCACCACCCCACUAGAACAGUGGAGCUUGCAGGAUCUUAAGCCAGAGACAUAUGACAUGAUCUACAACAGCAAUAUGGUUCAUAUAUCUCCUUGGGAAACAUCUCAGGGUCUUUUCAAAGCAGCAGGUUAUUUGCUCAAGAAAGAUGGAGUUCUGUUUAUGUAUGGGCCAUUUAAAAUUAAUGGGCUUCUGACACCUGAGAGCAACAUUCGUUUUAAUGAGUAUUUAAUAUCCCAAGAUGUAAGAUGGGGAGUGAGAGAUAUAGUUGACCUGGAGAAAUUAGCUCAAGAAAAUGGUUUAAAAUUGGAGAAAAUGGUUGACAUGCCAGCUAAUAAUAAGAGUGUGAUAUUUAGAAAAUAUACCAGCUGAAGAUAUUCGUAUAAAAUAUAUUUAGAUACAAUACAUAGCGUUUUCAUUGCAUAGGAAGAAAGGAAUGAUUGUUAUAGUGUUAACCUUAUUUGGUUCACAACUAAUAGAUUAUUUGUUGCUGGUACUAACAUAUUUUACACCUGCAUUCAAGUAGUUGGUUGGGAAUGACUUUGAUGAGAAAAAACUGGAUGCUAUUUCUGCAAAUUUGAAGAGAAAAAAACAAAGUCCAAGACACACUAAUUUACUGCUUUGAACUAUUAAAUGUACCCUUACAAAAGGAGAAAAUAAUAUAUUUUUUUAAAAAAGCUCCUUUUUUU